AGCUCGGAUUGUAAACAUUAGAAUUCAAUCAAAAGAUUAUUUUCGGAAAAAACAGAUAAGAGAUUUCAAUGUUUUCCAUAAAAAUUAUUAUUUUGUUUGUAGUAUUUUGCUUGAUUAAACCUAAUGGAGCUGGUGUGAUAAAGCGUUCGUUGUUUAGUGAUGAUAUUCAAAAAGAAUUUGAACAACACAUUCAAUUAGAAACCGAAACUUUCUUGAAUAACAUUUUUAAAAGUCAAAUCAAUUAUUUUAAUAAAGUUAAACUGUCCUUGCCGGAUAAUUGCAAACGUGUUAGCGAUAUUGAAACCUAUGUACACAAGUUGGAAACAGCCAUCGAGGAGAAGAAUGUAGAGAAAAAGGACAAUAUUUAUUUGGAAACUUUUCAAUCGAUGGGUCGAACCCCCUUAUUGCUGAAUAAAGAAUACGACACCGGUAUGAGUGACGAAGAAUACCAAAAAAUCCUUGAAGAUAACGAUCUUAAUGAUUUUAUGAAAAAUUUCUUAGUAGAGGUAGCCGUGUAUUUCUGGAAAAUGGCCAAGGCCAGCGGUAAAGCUGUCGAAACUAGCAUAGAUGACUAUCUUGAAAAUAUAAAGAAACGUAAUAAUUUAUAUUGAAUUGUUUACUAAAAGCAAAGUUUAGUCGUAGUUUGAAAAAUGUGAUAAGGAUUUGAAAAAAAAGAAAGUAUAUUUGAAAGUUUACAAUUAAUCAAAGCAACUACAAAGUAAUAUUGAAUCCUCUCAGAGAGCAAAUCGAUGGCUUUUUAAGCGCAUAUAACACCAGAAACUUACGAGUGGAAAAUCGCUAUGAAUUCUUUUCUAUAAAUUGACAACAUUGCACUGACGUUACCGCAAACUAUUAGUUUUUUUUUACGCACAUAUUUACAUUUUUGCACAUUUUUUUAUACAUUUACAAUCAUACAUUUAGAUUCGCACUGAUUUUUUUUAAUUGGAAAUGUUAGUUGAGCAAAUAAUAUAUCGGUCAACGAAUUCCGGGAAUGAGUAAGAAAAAACAAAAUAUGUUUGUAAAUUCGUCUUUAUUUAUCGCCUUCAAGAGCGAAACAACAGUCUAACGCUUCUCUUCUUCUUUUUCAUAAAAUCGCCUAUCCUUGCAAUUACAAUCCCAUCUUUAAAUCAUUCUUUUAAAAUUUGCUUUGCCAAACUUUUUUUCUUUGUAGACAUGUUCAAGGGCAAUCUGCGUUCACUUUUCGAACCAAUUAAGUGCUGAAUAUAAUGAAUGUUGCACCAUUUGAUCCGAAUUUGUAGUCGCAAGCGUUCCGACAGCAAAGUCACUGAGAAGUUAUUUCAAAAUAUGAACUUGACAAAGCGGUGUAAUAACAUUAAUACUACCUAUGGAUUGUAUUUCGUAUAUGACGUCUACAAAAGUUAACUAAACCGCAUUUUUUCUAUUAAAUCUGAGAAAGAGAGUCUUUUAAUAAUAAAUUCGACCACAUUUUUCUCUAAAUUCAAAAACACAUUGUCGGAAUAUAAGCACAACCGAGUAGACGUGAAUUUUUACGGCUUGAGUGUACACAUACACAGACAUACUGUAAAAAACUGGCAUAUGUCAUGACAGUAAUGAAGAAAAUACAAAAAGUGUAAAUAUUUUUCCCAUUUUUUUAUUUGCGCCAGUGAGUGCAAAAAUCCUGCAAAAAAUAAUAACUGAAUGGAGAAUUGUGUUCUCAGUUUGUUUGUAUUUUUCGUAAAUUACAUACAACUACAACCAAAACUACAUGCGAUUCUAACUUAGCAAUUAAUAUAAUGGUAUCGGAGAUUUUAGAGGGAAAAAAAAGAGACGCAGAGAAAGGGAAACUAGUAGUCUGAAGUGACUGGAAAUUUCAAUUCAUUGCCCAUUCGGUGAGGGAUCAUUUUUGUUGCUAUGUGUUAUUCGCAAUGCUAGCCUUCGACAUACGUUUUACCGAUUAUAUUGAACAUUUACUUGUUUAAUGGAGUUAUGAUAAAUUAAAGGAUUAACAGUAGACACAAAUAAAAUGUAAAUUAAUUUUCUGUAGUAAUUUGUUUCAAAAAAUACAUAAAUGGAAUUAUUUAUAUGAAUCAACUGAAGCCUAAAGAUUGAUAACGCGGCGGCGAGGGCGAAAAGAGAUGAUUAUCUCUAUAAAUGAUUUAAUUUGUUCAUAAUAAAUUACUCCGUAGCCUCGAAAGAUACGCUUUAAAAAUUUAAAAUUAAAUUGUAAUGAAAAAUAUACUUUAGUCUCUAAAAUAUUUAAGAAUAUUUGUCAAAAUUUAAUUUUAUAUAACUUUAGUAAACCUUAGUAUGAACUUAAAUAUACAUAUAUUUUUCCGCAGAUUAUUUUGUCUUAACUUUCGACAUUAGGAAUUAUUUUAAAUAAAUGGCUUCUUUGAGGAUAGCAAUAUUUUUGGUUGGUUGACGUGCGGCUUAAAAAGUUUACCACAGAGAGAGAGAUAAUCACAAAGACUUGGUUAAAUAGUUUGCCCAGUACCUACAUAAAAACGUUGAUGACUUUGCUAUGCUUCAUAAAGUUGAAGUGGCAUAUUAAGAUCUAAUAAACGAAAGACGAAAAGUCAA